CCAGUCAAGGCGUGUUCUGCCACAAACUGGAGCUCACGAGCGGGGUCAACCAGUCACUAGAACAAACACCAGACGUAAUCACAGUCUACAUAACCCUCAGCCCAACAUCGCCUCUCACCGUUGAAAAUGGGAAGCAUGCGGGAGUUGAUCCCCUUCGCUAGAGAGAUUCUGGCUCAGAGACCCAGCCGCGGUCUGCUGAAGGUCUACCUGCUGGGUUCAGUAUUUGCAGUGCUGGGGACAGUCUUUGGCCUGCUGGAAACAGUGUGUCACCCCUUUUCCUCGGGUGAGACCAUGGAUGCCGAGAUGGUACUCAUGUUGGCCCGGGAGCAGAGAACUAUUGAGGCUGAGAUGAGGGGACAAGAGGAGGAGGAUGAGGAGCUGGUGCAGGAAACUAGGGCUGCGACCCAAAGCAUGAACCUGGACCAGACCCACAGACUCAUCCAGCGCAGCAUGUCCAACCGGCUGCACGCUUCCUAAAGCAAAGGGGUCGGCCCUAAGGGACUCGAGAUAUUUAUUAAGAAACUGCUGCUGAGAGGUGCAUCACGUCAGAGGCUUUCUAUGCAAUGGUGUCUGAACGGCCUGCCAUUCUGUGCUGCUUAUUAUUGAUGCAUUCAAGUGCAGUGGAAAAUGUGUUUUAGUUUACCUUUAUGCAUUGGACACACAUGAGAUACCCCUGAAUGACAGCCUUCAUGGAACAUUCGAGACCUUUUGAUAGGCUCACCUAUAUCAUUCAUACAGCUGUUGGUUUUAGUGAAGUCCACUGAACUCAGUUAGGAAUCGUUAACAUAGGAAUUGUUAAAUGUAAUAAUACAAAAACAAACAAAAAAACAAGUAAACAAAUUUGUUAGAACAUAGACAGUAGUGUAGAGAUUUUAGAAACAGCACUAACAGACAUAUUCUGCAUAUUCCUAUCUGCAGUAUUCUUUGUGGUCUGCAGGUAGAUAUAAAGUAGUCAGGGUUACAAGAUAUGAAAACCCCAAAUGAGCUUUGAAAUAAAUAAAAAUCCCUCAUUAUGUGUCUCCCAUAAAACUCUAUGUCUGGUUUGCUCCUGGACAGCAACAGGCAAACAGAACUCUCUACAGGGUCCAUUUAUUUUCAUAUUUUAUUAUCAAAGGUAUCCUCCCUUGAGGUUGGAAUGGAACUAGGAAAGUGUGUGAAGGCCUCAUGGUGUUGAAAGACUUCCUGUUUGCUGUGAGCUGCUGUGUAGCGCUACCUGCUGGCUGGUGGAUGUAUGGGAUCUGCAAUGUCUGUUGUAAUGUUAUGCAACGUGUAAAUACUGUAAUAAAUAUAGAAUAGUUUUCAUACCAAUAUGUUACUAUGUAGAACAACAUAAUAAAAAAAGUCUGGACCGACUUCACUUUGGUUUUGACGUCAACACAUUGUAAA